ACUUAUUACGGAAAUAGCCGAAUGACUGGUGACGUGUAGCAGCCAUCUUUGCCAACACGAAUCAACUUGUGUAUGUUGUAUAACGACCCAACACCUCUUGGUUUCGUUCCUCAUUACAACCAUAGUCUUACAUUUAUCUUUUGGUCAACAUGACCUUCAUAAACGUUUAUAGCUGUCUCAUUUUUGUGACUGGCUUGAUCGUUGGAGAUUGUUUUUAUUUGCCCGGAAUCGCUCCAGUGGUUUACUGCAAAGAUCCAGCUUCAAAUCAAGGAUGCCAGAAAAAAUUAGAUAUUUUCGUAAAUCGUCUCAAUUCGAUGGAAACAGUCGUUCCAUAUGAGUACCACAGUUUUGAUUUUUGUACUGUGGCCCAAGAAUACCAGGGUUCACCAGUGGAAAAUCUGGGUCAGGUCGUAUUUGGAGAGAGAAUUCGACCAUCGCCAUACAAAGUGGAAUUUCUUGAAACAAAGACUUGUGUUGAAGUAUGUGAAAGGAAGUACCAGAAGCUUGACCAGGCUAGUGCAAAGAAGCUGAAUUUCCUGCGAAGAGGAAUAGCACUAAAUUACAUGCAUCACUGGAUUGUUGACAACAUGCCUAUUACGUGGUGCUACCAAGUUGAAAAUAAACAGCAGUACUGCACUACAGGGUUUCCCAUUGGAUGCUACGUCACUAAGCAGGGCAGAAGGAAGAAUGCUUGUGCAAUGAAUACCGCAUUCAGUGAACCAAAUACUCACUAUAUUUUUAAUCACGUGAACAUCACAAUCGAGUACCACAGUAACGAUGGAAGUGACUGGGGCCAGUCCCUGACGGGUGAGGUCGGACGUAUCGUUCAGGCCAAGGUGGAGGUGUUUAGCAAUAAACAUGAUACUACCAAGUUUGGAACCAGUCAUGGCUGUGGUGCCAGUGUCCCGGUUUAUGGCAUCAAAGGUGGCGAGAUCGACAAGGACUUCAGCAUUCACUACACUUACUCUGUGUAUUGGCAGGAGAACAAACACAUAAAAUGGUCAUCGAGAUGGGAUUAUAUUCUGCAGUCCAUGCCCCACACCAACAUUCAGUGGUUCAGCAUCCUCAAUUCCCUGGUUAUUGUUCUCUUCCUGUCUGGAAUGGUGGCCAUGAUAAUGCUGAGAACUCUUCAUAAAGACAUCGCUCGUUAUAACCAGAUGGAGAGUGCGGAGGAUGCUCAAGAAGAGUUUGGUUGGAAGUUGGUGCAUGGCGAUGUGUUCCGUCCACCGAGGAAAGGAAUGUUCCUGUCUGUCCUCACGGGAAAUGGUGCCCAGAUUUUGUGUAUGACCAUUAUCACAAUUGUGUUCUUUUGUCUUGGUUUCUUAUCCCCAGCCAACCGAGGGGCAUUGAUGACCUGUGUUUUGGUUUUGUGUGUGUGUUUAGGAACCCUUGCUGGUUAUGUGUCGGCAAGAAUUUAUAAAAUGUUUGGAGGAGAAAAAUGGAAAUUGAAUGUUCUUCUGACAGCUCUCCUGUGCCCAGGUGUGAUCUUUUCGAUAUUCUUUCUUCUGAAUCUCAUGCUGUGGAUUGAAGGAAGCAGCGCAGCCAUCCCGUUCCCCACCAUAAUUACCUUGUUAGCCUUGUGGUUAGGUAUUUCUGUACCACUGACGUUCGUUGGCGCAUAUUUUGGAUUUAAGAAAAGACCUAUCAAGUAUCCUGUGCGUACUAAUCAGAUUCCACGUCACAUCCCCAAACAGACAUUCUGGAGAAAACCGCUGCCUGGAAUCGUCAUGGGCGGCAUCCUGCCAUUCGGCUGUAUAUUUCUCCAGCUCUUCUUCAUCCUCAACAGUAUCUGGUCUCACCAGGUGUACUACAUGUUUGGAUUCCUGAUUCUCGUGUUCAUCAUCUUGGUGGUUACUUGUUCUGAGGCCACCAUUGUUCUCUGCUAUUUUCACCUGUGUGCGGAGGACUACCAAUGGUGGUGGCGCUCGUUUCUGACGAGUGGUUUCACUGCCGUCUACGUCUUCUACUACUGCAUACACUACUUUGUGACAAGGCUAGAAAUGACGGGAGCGAUCAACAUCAUUCUCUACUUCGGUUACACGUUCAUCAUCGUCUUUAUGUUGUUCUUGUUAACAGGAACAAUCGGUUUCUUCUCGUGUUUCUGGUUUGUGUCGAAGAUCUAUAGCGUCGUGAAGGUGGAUUAAUCAACUCUCCUGUUAUAGGACAACUCUGUGUAUUCUCCAUAUCCUACUUGUAGAACUGUGGUCAGAAUGUCCGCUUUAUGUGCGGGUGUCUGGGCGACGUUGGGAAUCAUCAUACCGUAUUUAAUGCAUACAUGUGUGGGAGAAAAUGUUCAUCUGGAAUAUUAGGCCCGAGGAUUUUAAAAAACCCUUUAUUUAUUUAAUAUUUCUGUUCUUUAUAGUGUACUACUACUGGCCCCUUGCUUGUAAAUCUUUUUUAAAGUCUUUAGACUUGAUUCUUUAAUAACAUCUUGAGACUUUUAACUCUCUGUCUGUAAAACUGAAAGUCAAAGCAUGAUGUUCAGACAUGGAAUUCAGACUAAAGUCAUGACAACACUGUGUAAUUUGAAUAGUCCAGACUAAAGUCGUGACAACACUGUGUAAUUUGAACAAUCCAGACUAAAAGUCGUGAUAACACCAUGUAAUUUGAACAAUCUAGACUAAAGUCAUGACAACACUGUGUAAUUUGAACAAUCCAGACUAAAAGUCGUGAUAACACCAUGUAAUUUGAACAGUCCAGACCAAAGUCGUGACAACACCAUGUAAUUUGAACAAUCUAGACUAAAGUCAUCAUAACACCAUGUAACUUGAACAGUCCAGACUAAAGUCGUGAUAACACCAUGUAAUUUGAACAAUCCAGACUAAAGUCAUGAUAACACCAUGUAAUUUGAACAAUCCAGACUAAAGUCGUCAUAACACCAUGUAAUUUGAACAAUCCAGACUAAAGUCGUCAUAACACCAUAUAUUUUGAACAAUCCAGACUAAAGUCAUGAUAACACCAUGUAAUUUGAACAAUCCAGACUAAAGUCGUCAUAACACCAUGUAAUUUGAACAAUCCAGACUAAAGUCAUGAUAACACCAUGUAAUUUGAACAAUCCAGACUAAAGUCGUGAUAAUACCAUGUAAUUUGAACAAUCCAGACUAAAGUCAUCAUAACACCCAUGUAAUUUGAACAGUCCAGACUAAAGUCAUGACAGCACUGUGUAAUUUGAACAAUCCAGACUAAAGUCGUGAUAACACCAUGUAAUUUGAACAAUCCAGACUAAAGUCGUGAUAACACUGUGUAAUCUACCAUGAUGUCACCGAUUUAAUUUCAACUUUUGAAAAUAGACAAAGACUUUGUAGGCAGGAGCCAGGUUAUCUAUUAGUAUACUUGUCAUGCUCAGUGGGUUUUUUAUUUUCAAUGUAAUUGUUGUAGGUUUUAAAGGGAUUGAUAACUGGGAAAAUUAUUUCUAUUGGGACUUAUUUUCUUUAUUAUUUUUGUUAGAUAUUUUAAUGUCAUAGCCAGUCUACUCCUUGUUGCUUUUUAUAGGACUUUCAUGGGGUAAUGAACCAUAUCUGUACUAGGGAGUGACAUCGGCAUCGGCCAUGGCUUGCACUGUCAGUAACCAAAUUGGCCAUUGAAAAAGUUUACUUAAUUUGCAUAUGCUAAAAUGUGGCCAAGCCUAUUUCCCGUAGCAUAUGUGAAGGAAUUGUUUGUGUAACUAUUACAGGUGAUCUUAUCAAUAUUAAUAUGAAGACCGCUCCAGCCUCGGUGGUGGAGUGGUUAAGCAAUUGGCUUCAAGACUGGUAGGUACUGGGUUCACACCCCAGUACUGGUUACCACCCAGAGUGAGUUUUAACGGCUCAGUUUGGGAGGUGUAAGGCGGCUACACUUGACUUCUCUCCCACUAACUGCUAACAAAUAAUGAUAAGCUACUGUCCAGGUGUAUGUGUGCUUGAACUUUGAUGAUAUAAGCAUGAAAAAAAGAGAGUAUUUUCAUAUAUAUUUGAUCCGAUAUAUGCUGAAGAAAUAAACUGUGAUUAUCAUGAUGUAUAGUAUAGCUGGCAUUUGUACUGAAAUUUUAGCUUUUGGAGGUGGGGUGGGGUUGGACUGGACUGGCGAGCGAAGUUUAUAGGGGUGUCGAGUCGUGCGCCUCUGGAAUAUAUACUUAAAAACCCCCCUGAAAAACGAGCAUGUGUAGAGAUUUCAGCUUUAUAAAGAUGAUUCCAGUUUUUAUUUUUUAAUUGGUAUCACAUCAUUGGUUUAAAACAAACAUGAAUAAAUAUCAAAACCAAAAAUCCCUCUCUUUUUUUUUGUCCUUCAAGUUUUUACUGUUUUUUUACUUUAAAAAUUCCUAAUGAACAUAUUCAUGUAAGUUUGAUCAUCUCUGAUGGUGAAGUCAUGCUAGUGACAAUGCAUGGAUUCACUGAAUUACAAUUGAUUGACUAUGACAAUCCUCUAGUUUGUCUCUUUGAAAAAUAACCGUUUCAUAAAAAGGUAAAUGAUUUGUGAGCUUACAUGCUUGAACCCUAAUUCACCAACUUUAAACCCAAAAGUUUUCAGAAACCUAGUUGGCAAUCCAUAUUUCUGUUCUACAUUUUCAAUCAAUUUUACACACUGCAUGUGAUAUGCAGAAAAUAUUAAUUACUUAACAGUUUUGAUAUCUUAAGCUAAGUGAAUGACAACCAUGCCAAUUUCUUCAAACGAUGAAACAUCUUUGUGUGCCGUUGGAUUUGUUGAAGUGGGUUAAUACGAACAGUACACCUGCACAUGGUUCUUGUUUUAUUGAGAAAUAAUGUGAAGUGUGAGUAUAUUAAUACAGUAAGUGUGUUCUUUAAAUAACAGACUGUUAUUUGUAGUCCAUCUUUCUCUGGUAAAAAUAAUUUGAUGGGGUUUUUUCAGGUUUAUUUUUUUUUAUUUUUUUUUAACUGGUGUAUUGCCCAAAAAACAAAACAAAGUUCUUGUCAGUGUUUUGUUUGUUCAUUGUCCUGUAUCAUGUUUUGGAGGAUCAUUUCUAUGUAUUAUGUGUAGACAGAAAGAAGAAUUGUUAAAGUUAUUCCAUAAACGAUGUGUUGAAAAAAA